GAACUCGUAUAAGGUCAUUAAAAUAUCUUAUAUAAAGAGAGAUACAUUUGUAUAAUGAGCACGCUUUAAAGUGAAACUAUGAAACGAGUUGAAAAUAGUGAAAGAUUAAAUGCUAAUAAAGGAGCAUUCUGGAGACAGUUGAUCUGGCGGUGUUUUAGGGCAUUAUUCCCAGCAGAUGAUGUCAGUACAGCUUGCCAACGUAAGGUAAACGGAGAUAUUAGCUAUGCCCCCUUCUACCUCUAUCCAAACCAGUGGCCGCAAGGCAGUGGGGAUGCCAUUUCACUUUCUGAAAAUAUUUUUCAGGAUCUUUUGAAAAUACGUCUUCAGUGGGUUGCUUCGAAACUUGUGCAAAUUAUCUUUAUUCUCUUUAUAAUUGCAUUUCUUUUGGUAACGGUUCCCACUUUGUAUUGACGAUAAAUCAGAUCUAUGGAUAGUAUGAAAUCGAGUAAACAGUAAAAAGAAAACAUUUCUGUGUACCCGA